AUGACAUUUGGUAAGCAAGAAAUUGCUGCAUCUCUUCGGAAUAUUGACUCUUGGAUUGGUAUACUCAAAAGAGUGAUGAUUCGUGUUCUUUCGAAUGUUAACGUAGAUACUAAAGUCUCGGAAAAAAAACAUAAACCGUCACCUACUGAUAUUGAUGGCGAACAAGAACCUAAAAGUGUUGAGACAUCAACAGCAAAAGUAACAUCAUGGAUGGGUCCCAAAGGAAGGAAUUCUAGCACACAAGUCAAAGUUAUCCAGACAUCAGGAGCUAAGGCGAAAAAACGUAUAGCAUAA